CGGUAAUGUAGGCGCUUCGACUCACCGGUGCUGGGUAAUGUCAGCCAUCAGCUGACAGUCUUUGGUGAAGUGGUUCGAGAAGGAGAAACGAAUAUUAAUGUCUUAAACAGCAAAGUGAAGUGUUUCGUCCACAUCGUUCAUUUAGUAAACUCCCAAGUUCAGUUUUCUGUAAUUUUGUAAAAAUGACAUAACCUAAAAAUCUAUAAACAUGAACGUUGAACAAAACAGAUUAGACACCUUCCAAGAAUGGCCACAUGAUGCAGUGGUGAGUCCUCAACGCAUUGCCAAAGCUGGUUUUUUUUACAAAAACCAAGGAUUGAUAGUCGAAUGUUUCUCAUGCCAUUUAACAAUCUCCGAAUGGAAUUAUGGUGAUCAAGUAAUGGCCAAACACAAAACUUUAAGCCCUACUUGCCCAUUUGUACUAAAUCCAACUACCUCAGGAAAUGUUCCUAUAAUAUCACAGCCUACUAACGUACCUUCAUCAUCAACAACCUCUGACUCGAUGAAAGACGAAGCUGCGAGGCUUAAAACAUUUAAACGAUGGCCUAUACCUCAUAUCGUAACUGCAGAAAGUUUAGCUCGUGCUGGAUUCUAUUAUCUCAACGCUGGAGACAACACAAAAUGCGCUUUUUGUAAAGGAGUAGUUAGGGCAUGGGAAGUAGGUGAUGAUCCUGAUAGAGAGCACAAGAGACACUUUGAAGAUUGUCCAUUCGUACUAACAGAAAUCAUACCAAGACUCAACUUAAAUUCAAAUGAUGAAGACAAAGUCAAAACGGACUCCUCUUUUUCAAAUCUUCACAUAGUGACUAAUGAAAAUUUACAUUGUUUGGGCGUUCAAACACAUAAGGGACCAAAGAAACCAAAUUAUGCCACUUUAGAGUCAAGAUUGAGAUCCUUUACAAUGUGGCCUCCUGAUUUAAUACAGACUCCCGAUAUAUUGUCACAGGCUGGGUUCUAUUAUGAAGGAAUGGGGGAUCAAGUCAGGUGCUUUCAUUGUGAUGGUGGGUUGAGGCACUGGGAUCCACAGGAUGAUCCAUGGACUGAGCACGCCAGGUGGUUCCCAAGAUGUUCUUUCAUUAAAUUAGUUAAAGGCCAGGAUUUUGUAACGGCGUGUUCAUUGGAGUUGAAUGUCAACAGCAACUUGGAAGAAGUAGACCAGAGACACCAUACUUCUUUCCCCAAAAAGCGUGAAGUCAGCGAACGUGAAGUUCAAGAACACAUGACGGGAGAAGUGGCGUUGUCAGCUUUAGGUAUAGGUCUAAAUGUAGAAAGAGUAAAAAGAGCAAUCCGCGAGAAGUUAGAGCAAACAGGACGUGGAUACUCCCAACCUGACGCUUUAGUAGAAGCCGCCUUAAAUCUCCAACACAGCGAAGAAGAUCUAUCAGAAGAUCAAGAGUCUUCAGGCGUGUUUCAAGUGAAGAAUGUUGUAGACAGUGUCUUAGAUAAUGUUGUAAGAAGUUGCUCCGGUGAUAUUAAAAAAGAAACUGAUGCGUCUGUAGAUAGUAAUCAGAUUAAUGCGCAUAAAGAAUCUUCUAAGAUUGGUAAAACUAUCUCAUUGGAAGAAGAAAAUCGUAUUCUCAAAGAAGCAAGGCUUUGUAAAAUCUGUAUGGAUGCCGAAGUCGGCAUUGUGUUUUUACCAUGUGGACAUCUGACAACCUGUGUUAAUUGCGCACCUAAUCUGGAAGAUUGCCCACUUUGUAGAUCCGCCAUCAAGGCUACUGUUAGAACGUUUUUGUCAUAAUUUAUUAAUUCAAUAAAUUUAUUUUAUAAACUA